AACGCAUCCUCAGCUCCCUCUCCACAUGUAAUCUUCCUUGUAAUAUCAUUCCACUGGUUGUUAAUUCAUUGGGGUAAGUUGGAGAGCUGGGCCGUUGGUCGUACACUGCGCCUCCAUCGUCUUCUCCUCCGCGCAAUCAUAGUCCAGUUGAAUUCUGAUCCUAGAUAUAUACACCUGCAUACAUAGGAAGCGCCGGCCGCCGAAACCUUCUCCAUAGCCAGCAGCAGCUCUUAGCUCACGAUCGACCAAGAAAUCAACACGCAUGGGAGCCCCACUGGCGUCUUGGCCAUGGGAGAACCUGGGCUCCUACAAGUACUUGCUGUACGGGCCGCUGCUCGCCAAGGCCGUAGCCUCCAGAGCAUGGGAGAGCACGAGCCCGGACCACUGGUGCUUCCUCCUCUUCCUCCUGUUCGGCCUCCGGGCGCUGACCUACAACCUCUGGUGCGGCUUCAGCAACAUGCUGUUCCUCAACCGGCGGCGCCUGAUCGUCCGGGACGGCGCCGACUUCGAGCAGAUUGACAAGGAGCGGCACUGGGACAACUUCCUGAUCCUACAGUUCUGGAUGGCGGCCAUGGCCUUGUACGCCUUCCCUUCCCUGAGACACCUCCCACUCUGGGACGCAAGGGGCGUGGCCAUGGCGCUCCUGUUCCAUGUCGCGGUCACGGAGCCCCUCUUCUACCUCGUGCACAGGGCCUUCCACAAAGGGCAGCUCUUCGCCAGUUACCACUCGCUCCCCCACUCCGUCAAAGUCCUCCAGCCUUCCACAGCCGGGCUCGCGACGCCUCUGGAGCACCUGGCGAUGAGCGGGCUCAUGGCGGUGCCCAUCGCGGCCGCCUGCGCGACGGGGCUCGGCUCGUCCGGGCUGCUGUUCGGCUACACGCUGGCGUUCGACUUCCUCAGGGGCAUGGGGCUCUGCAACGUGGAGGUGUUCCCCGGCCGGCUCUUCCAGGCCGUCCCGGCCGCCAGAUACCUCAUCGCCCCGCCAACAUAUCAUAGUAUUCACCACACGGACAAGGACAGUAACUUCUGUCUGUUUAUGCCACUGUUUGAUCUGCUCGGAGGCACACUGAAUGACAAGUCCUGGGAGCUGCAGAAGAAAAAUAGUGCAGGGGCCGACGAGAUCCCCGGCUUCGUGUUCAUGGUCCACGUCGUCGACUUGAUGUCGUCCGCACACAACAACGUGCGGAGCAGGAGCCAUGCCUCGCGGCCGUACUCCGCCACGCCGGCGACCGUGCUGCUUUGGCCCGUCGCGUUCGUGUUCAUGGCAAUGCUCUGGGCUUGGUCCAAGACCUUCCUCUACUCCUUCUACAGGCUCCGGGGCCAGCUGCUCCAGACCUGGAUCGUCCCCAGAUACGGCUUCCAAUACUUUUUACCGUUUGCAAAAGAUGGCAUCAACAGGCAGAUCGAGACGGCGAUCCUGAGGGCCAACAAGAUGGGCGUCAAAGUGAUCAGCCUCGCAGCACUGAACAAGAACGAGUCGCUCAACGGCGGGGGCGCCCUGUUCGUGAGGAGGCACCCGGACCUGAGGGUGCGCGUCGUCCACGGCAACACGCUCACGGCGGCGGUGAUCCUGCGGGAGAUCCCCGAGGGCGUGGCGGAGGUGUUCCUGACGGGCGCCACGUCCAAGCUCGGCCGCGCCAUCGCGCUCUACCUCUGCAGGAAGAGAGUUCGCGUCAUGAUGCUGACGGCGUCGGAGGAGAGGUUUCGUAAGGUCCAGGAGGAGGCGCCCCCCGAGGCCCAGCAGUUCCUGGUCCGGGUCACCGAAUACCAGUCUGCACAGCACUGUAAGACGUGGAUCGUGGGGAAGUGGCUGUCCCCGCUGGAGCAGCUGCGGGCGCCGGCGGGCACGCACUUCCACCAGUUCGUGGUGCCGCCCAUCACCCGCUUCCGCCGGGACUGCACCUACGGCAAGCUCGCUGCCAUGCGCCUGCCCGCCGACGUGCAGGGCCUCGGCACGUGCGAGUACACCAUGGAUCGCGGCGUGGUGCACGCCUGCCACGCGGGCGGCGUGGUGCACUUUCUGGAGGGGUACGAGAACCACGAGGUCGGCGCCAUAGACGUCGACCGCAUCGACGUCGUCUGGGAGGCCGCGCUGCGCCACGGCCUGCGCCCCGCCUGAUCGACGCAACUCCCGCCGGCCGGCGCCGUCCCGCGUCCCCAGCAUGCAUGGCUUUGUCGUUAAUUUGUCUAGUCAAAUGCCGGUGCGUUGGUACAGAUAAAAUAUAUUUACUAUUCCACUACGUCAAAGCGUGGGGCUAGACUAAGCUUUACGAUAGCCCCGUGAUGUUUGUUCUGCGUAACUUACUAUUCCACUACGCCAUGGUGUUUGCUCACGCGUAGUAAAUAAAUCAUAUCAUAGUAAUUACUUCUAUUGCUAUGAUUUUUCUUAAUAUUAAGUUAACAUGUAUCAUAGCUACAGUUAUUCCCUAUGUCGUAAUACC